AUGCCUUCUCAAAGCGACUUCAGUCAUUUGAACGCAGCAGCUACAACAACUUUGACCAACAUCUUGCGUGACGAAAGCAUCUCCGACAUCUUCAUCGGCGGGUAUGCCACAAGUAUCCUUGGAGGAGGCCGAGUAACAAAGGACAUCGACCUUAUCGUGGACAAAAAUUGCCGCAGCCUUCUCCUCCAGUGCCCGAAGAUCACUAAGAGCGAGGAUAAGAGAUUGGUGUACCACCACCGUGGUACAAAAGUCCAUAUCGAUUUGGAAGUUAUGGGAGCUGUAACAUGGACCAUGAAUCCCAGGACCACCAGGGUCCAUACUGUAGCUCCGGCAAACUAUCCACGACGCCAGUUGAAUACUAUGGUGCCAAUUCUCCGCCCCUCAAUUCUUCUGCUGACGAAGCUUCUGCCCUGGAAAGAGGCAGAUCAGGCGACGCGAGUCGCCAGCCAUAUUAGGGCGCGUACCGACCUCACAGAUAUCCGUACGAUCCUGCAAUGGCUUGUUGACAAGAAGGCCCAUAUCGAUUUCUUUGGACUCCCAGGCAUUCCUAAGGGGAAGUUAAUGAGACUGCUGGGAAGACUUUACCGAGCCGAGCAACGGCCACGGCCAUAUCUCUCACUAACUCUCUCCGCAGAUGAGAUGCGUGAUGCCCUGACUGCGAAGGAAACCAAGUAG